AUGGUUGGACCUAAUUUCAUGGAUGAGUUAGACUGCGGAAGCUUCUUUGACCACAUCGACGACCUUCUCGAUUUUCCUGUGGAGGACGUUGAGGGCGGCGCCCCCACAUUGCCCUCCGUCGCAGCCCCCGGAAACUGCAACUCGCUGGCAAGCAUUUGGCCCGCCGAGUCCGACUCAUUUCCCGGUUCCGACUCGGUGUUUUCCGGCAACCGCGCUUCGGACCUCUCCGCCGAGCUCUCAGUUCCGUAUGAAGACAUUGUCCAAUUGGAAUGGCUGUCCAACUUUGUGGAGGAUUCGUUUUGUGGGGGGAGCUUGACCAUGAAGAAAGUGGAAGAGCCAUCAUGCACCACAAAGGAGGACUCAGUGCACAACCAAUUCCACACAUCAAGCCCAGUUUCAGUCCUUGAGAGCAGCAGUUCUUGCUCCGGUGGAAAGACGGCGCUGCCGCCGCGGAGCCCGGAGGUGUACAUCCCUGUGCCAUGUGGACGUGCACGCAGCAAACGUCCACGUCCUGCCACCUUCAAUCCUCGCCCUGCCAUGAACCUCAUUUCCCCUGCCUCCUCCUUUGUUGGGGAGAACAUGCAGCCUAAUGUCAUUUCCCCCAAGGCCUCUUCAGACUCUGAGAAUUUUGCUGAGUCUCAACUUGUCCGUAAGAUCCCAAAGCAAGUCUCUGGGGAGCUUAAGAAAAAAAAGGAAGUGAAGGUGCCACUUCCUGCAGCUCCUGCUGAUAGCAACCACAGUGCCUUGCAACCUGUUAGGAAAUGCAUGCAUUGUGAAAUAACCAAGACACCACAGUGGAGGGCAGGGCCAAUGGGGCCAAAAACACUAUGCAAUGCAUGUGGUGUUCGUUUCAAGUCUGGCAGGCUCUUCCCUGAGUAUCGCCCUGCUGCAAGCCCAACUUUUUGUCCAUCUUUGCACUCCAAUUCCCACAAGAAGGUGCUGGAAAUGAGAUGCAGGGGCAUUGACAAAUCUGGUUUUGCAAUGAAUUCAGCUGCUUCACCUGAACUCAUUCCAAACACUAACAGCAGCCUUACCCUGGAAUACAUGUGA